UUUGUGCUCAUUUUAGUUACACUGUUAAUGAAUUGAGUCUGGCGUGAGAUAUUAUAGACCAUAAAAAAAAUUUAAAAAAAGUGUGAUUACUCAUCAUGGCUCCGAACAGUUUUCAAGCAGAACAGGAAAUUACAGUCAGCAAGAUGGCAGAAGCAAGAAUUGCAGUUGCUGAACCAAGAGUAAAUACUAUAGAAGAAAUAUCUUCUCCUCAAUCAUGGAAAGAUGUUUUAGGUUCAUUUAGAAGUAUAAUUACUAAACGUUAUUACAAAGUUAGAAACCUUAUAUAUAAUGGAGUUUGGCCUGCUUCUUUAUCAAAUGUUAGAUUUACAAUUCUUACAUGUAUUUUAUUGAUGUUAAUAGAACCAAGCUUAACCUCAAGCAUUAAUGCAUCGCUUUGGAAUAUUGCUCAUUUGUUAUGCAUUCCUCAAGGUUGUCCUAGAACACUACAAGCUUUAAUUGUAUCCAGUAUAGUUGGAAUUGUUUCUUUUAUAGCACUGAUGAUUUUACGACAAAGCUUAUUAAGGCUUCUUUUGUCUUACAGAGGUUGGAUGUGUAA